GCAGAUUCAUUAGAUACUCUAACCACAUCAUCAGCAGAAUAUCAAUCCAUCUCCAGACUCUCACCUCUCAAGACCAUGCCUCCUAAAGAUAAAAGCCGAGUUACCUCAGGAUUAGUCCGAGCUUUAACAAACAAAUGGCAAGCCGGAGGACCAUCAUCUAACUCUCAGCAGGCUGAUCUCUCGUUGCUAGAUGCUCUUCCUGAUCGGAAUUGCAGUCUUUCAGCUCAACCCGCACCUGCACCAGCUCUUGCAGUUGCAAUCAACCGAUGGGAGAACAGAGCCACGCCAACUCCCGCGCAACAGGCUGUUGUUGGAGCUCCCCCAAGAUUAACAGGUUCUGGAUUUCCCGAUUUACCUGCAGAGCUUCGAAUCAUGAUUUGGGAGUUAUGCAUUCCGGAACCUCAAAUCAUCAGAGUCACUGACAAUGCGAUGAGACAUAACGGAUCGCAUUCCCGUCAGAACCCUGUCGUGCUUCAUGUAAAUUCCGAAUCCAGAGCAGAAGCUCUCAAACAUCUCGCGCGACUUUUUGGUGGCGUCAACAGUAAUGGUUAUCCUGAACAGUUCAAGUAUUUCAAUCCAACCUUGGAUUUUGUCUACUUCGAUGGUGGCAGCACCCGGCUUUUUGCAUUCCCACCUACUAUAUUGCCCCCAGUUGCGGAUCUCACUCGCGAAGCACCGCACCCACAGGCCGAAAAUGUUGUUUUCCUUCAACUUGGCGAAUGGCAGAUGAAUUCAGCAGGGCCCGCUGCAUAUUUUCGAAACGUUGAAUGUUUGAGAAUUCAAUUGGUCCUUUCUCGCUCCUCCGGCAACUUGUUAACACCCGCAUACGCAAGAAACACUGCAGGCAGCCAAUUGUUUGUGCGAGACAUACAUCAUCUGAUGUUUUCGGAUACAGCGCGUAUACGCAGGUGGUAUACACGCCGAAUCAAUGCCGGUUUGAUCAGUAAAAUGCCUAGGAUUGAGAUUUUGCUUACCCGGGUCGACCAACGCUUGGUUGAUUUAGCUGGUCAAUACGCUAUUGACUAUUUUCGCGACAAACCCAUGUGAGUCGUGGCAAGCUUUACUCACAUUCUAUAUGCAUGCGUUGUUCUUUCAUAAUUAUUGACAUUCAAUUCUCA